GAGAGAGGCUUAGAGCACCAUUGCAGGAGAGCUGAGCCCAAGAACCUGCAGAAACAGCUCCUGCUAAGUUUCAGGGGAUCCCCCUGCCUCCUGCCUGAACUUCAGGGAGCCCAGGAAGGAGUGGCCAGGACCCAGGAUCUGCCUGUUGCUUCAGGAUGCGGGCUCCAGGUGCUGGCGCGGCCUCCGUGGCCUCGCUGGGGCUGCUGUGGCUGCUGGGGCUGCCUUGGACCUGGAGCGCGGCGGCGGCGCUGGGCGUGUACGUGGGCGGUGGCGGCUGGCGUUUCCUGCGCAUCGUUUGCAAGACGGCGAGGCGGGACCUUUUCGGCCUGGCAGUCCUGAUCCGCGUGCGCCUGGAGCUGCGGCGACACCAGCGCGCCGGCCACACCAUCCCGCGCAUUUUCCAGGCCGUGGUGCGGCGGCAGCCCGAGCGCCUGGCCCUGGUGGACGCCAGCAGCGGCGCGUGCUGGACCUUCGCGCAGCUGGACGCCUACUCCAACGCCGUGGCCAACCUCUUCCUCCAGCUGGGCUUCGCGCCAGGCGACGUGGUGGCCCUCUUCCUGGAAGGCCGGCCCGAGUUCGUGGGGCUGUGGCUGGGCCUGGCUAAGGCGGGCGUGGAAGCCGCGCUUCUCAAUGUCAACCUGAGGCUCGAACCCUUGGCCUUCUGCCUGGGCACGUCGGGCGCCAAGGCUUUGAUCUUUGGUGCAGAAAUGGCAGCUGCCGUGGCGGAGGUGAGCGCGCAGCUGGGGAAAAGCCUGCUCAAGUUCUGCUCGGGAGACUUGGGGCCUGAGGGCGUUUUGCCAGACACUCACCUCCUGGACCCGCUGCUGCAAGAAGCCUCCACUGCGCCCCUGGCGGAAGCCCCUGCCGUGGCGGAGGUGAGCGCGCAGCUGGGGAAAAGCCUGCUCAAGUUCUGCUCGGGAGACUUGGGGCCUGAGGGCGUUUUGCCAGACACUCACCUCCUGGACCCGCUGCUGCAAGAAGCCUCCACUGCGCCCCUGGCGGAAGCCCCUGGCAAAGGCAUGGACGACAGACUCUUCUAUAUCUACACAUCGGGGACCACGGGGCUGCCCAAGGCUGCCAUUGUGGUGCACAGCAGGGCGGGCGUGGAAGCCGCGCUUCUCAAUGUCAACCUGAGGCUCGAACCCUUGGCCUUCUGCCUGGGCACGUCGGGCGCCAAGGCUUUGAUCUUUGGUGCAGAAAUGGCAGCUGCCGUGGCGGAGGUGAGCGCGCAGCUGGGGAAAAGCCUGCUCAAGUUCUGCUCGGGAGACUUGGGGCCUGAGGGCGUUUUGCCAGACACUCACCUCCUGGACCCGCUGCUGCAAGAAGCCUCCACUGCGCCCCUGGCGGAAGCCCCUGGCAAAGGCAUGGACGACAGACUCUUCUAUAUCUACACAUCGGGGACCACGGGGCUGCCCAAGGCUGCCAUUGUGGUGCACAGCAGGUACUACCGUAUCGCUGCCUUCGGUCACCACGCCUACCGCAUGCGGGCAGAGGACGUGCUCUACGAUUGCUUGCCCCUGUACCAUUCUGCAGGAAACAUCAUGGGCGUGGGGCAGUGUCUCAUUUAUGGGCUGACCGUCGUUAUCCGCAAGAAGUUCUCCGCCAGCCGCUUCUGGGACGAUUGCGUCAAGUACAACUGCACGGUGGUGCAGUACAUCGGGGAGAUCUGUCGCUACCUGCUGAAGCAGCCGGGACUCUCCUCCCACAUGCAAGGUCGGCUCCUGUGGCUUUCAAAGACGCAUCCCGCCUCCAGUGUAACCCAAGUGAAGGUCAACGAGGACACCAUGGAGCUGCUUAGGGACGCCCAGGGCCUCUGCAUCCCAUGCCAGGCGGGGGAGCCGGGCCUCCUCGUGGGUCAGAUCAACCAGCAAGACCCGCUGCGCCGCUUCGACGGCUACGUCAACGAGAAUGCCACCAGCAAGAAGAUCGCGCACAGCGUCUUCCGCAAGGGCGACAGCGCCUACCUGUCAGGUGACGUGCUGGUCAUGGAUGACCUCGGUUACAUGUACUUCCGGGACCGCAGCGGCGACACCUUUCGCUGGCGCGGGGAGAACGUCUCCACCACCGAGGUGGAGGGCGUGCUGAGCCGCCUGCUGGGUCAGACAGACGUGGCCGUCUAUGGGGUGGCCGUGCCAGGAGUGGAGGGGAAAGCGGGCAUGGCGGCCAUCGCUGACCCCCACAGCCAGCUGAACCCCGACGCCAUGUACCAGGAGCUGCAGAAGGUGCUGGCACCCUACGCCCGGCCCAUCUUCCUGCGCCUCCUGCCCCAGGUGGACACCACAGGCACCUUCAAAAUCCAGAAGACCAGGCUGCAACGCGAGGGCUUCGACCCACGCCAGACCUCUGACCGCCUCUUCUUCCUGGACCUCAAACAAGGCCACUACCUGCCCCUGGAUGAGAGUGUCUAUACCCGCAUCUGCUCGGGAGCCUUCGCCCUCUGAGGCCCCUCCCUACUGGCCAGAGAUUUCUAGCCAGGCGGUCCGGCAAAGGGGACUUGAACCAGAUGGUCCUGCCCGGGACUGCCCCCUCCCACCUGCUCACCUUGGGGCCGUCCAGGGCUUUGACACUGGAACUUGGAGGACCCCACAUCUCUCUCCCCCUUUCUCCGUCCCCCUCGCUGGCAGGUCUCCCUGUGUGUCCUGGUCUGGUAUCAUCUCUGUACUCUUUUUUCUUUUUCUAUUAUUUUUUUUAAGGUUUUUGUUACAGGGUACGUGCACUCACCAGCGAGACACAGAGAGAAGGAAAGUGAGAAAUCGUCCCCCAGGGGGAUGGCCACAAUC